CAGCACCAACACUGUACGCGGCAUGCCUUUACCCGCCUCAUCCCUGAGGCUUUCUUCUUUCCGAAAGCAGCAUCUGCUCAUCGAGUUCUCUACCCUGCGACAUGCACAGCUGGAUGGUGUUUUCGUGAGCAUUACACCCGGUGAUCCGUCACUGUGGGUAGGCCUCAUAUUCGUGCGAAAAGGUCCAUAUGCCCCUGCAGUCCUACGCUUCCAGAUAUCUUUCCCGUUCAGCUAUCCGGCUCUGCCACCCCUUGUGACCUUUUCUACCGAUGUCUUUCACCCUCUGCUCACGCCACUCACAACAUACACUCACACAACUGCAUCUUCGGACACGGACCCCGUCAGCGCAACCGACGAGGAACGGUUACCACCAGGUGGUUUCAGCCUUCGUCAUGGCUUUCCACACUGGUUUGGCCGUGCACGACGAUCUGUAGUGAGCUCACGCGAUGUGAGUGGAUCAGCAGUUGAUAGUCCAGCUCAAAGUGUUACGCCCGUACGCUCGGUAGUGAAGAGUGCGACCUCAGGCGGUUCCGGAGCAUUAUCUGCGGCGACUGGUGUAUCCAUCGUGACCGUUCUCGAGUACAUUCGGUCAACGUUCAGUGAGGAGGCAGUUCUGGACUCAGUCUCGUUAGAAGCUGCCGCAAAUCCAGGUGCAUACCACGCAUGGCGAGCUUAUCGUGGCCCAGCCAUGGAAACGCAGCAACCUCCCCUCAGUCCUAUCUCCUCCACCUCAAGUGAGGGCACUGCGCUGGGCAGGAAUCGACGUCCCGGAGAGUGGAACUGGGAAGGCGUAUGGGAGGAACGCGUAAAGAGAGCCGUCAAUGCUAGCCUUUCUGAGUCUGUUCUGUAUGGACCAGGAGCUGGAGAAGACAUCAUCCGCUUCCAGCAAGGUGACAGUGAGACUAUGGCAAGGAUGAAGAAGCACUUGGAUGUCGCCACCGCCAGAACGACAGAGACAUGAGAUGAUAGAGUUGGUAUGAUAUCCUCUUUUCGAUAGUCUGUAUCAAAGUGCAUGCUCAAAAAUGGGUUUUGCAUCGCGCUUAAGGAGGGUGUGGCAAUUUUCCGUCGAGGGCAAGAACGCUUGAGGUUAUCAACAAGUACUUGAGUGCGACUUCCUUCCAGGGCAGGCAUGAGACCAGCUGCAAGAAUUUGUUGCAGUCACUUCAUACACC